CUUUCCUAAUCCCUACACGUGCCUACCAUCUCUUGUUCUCGCUCGCUCCGAACUCAACUCUCUUCUGGGGUUUCUUCUCUCACAUUUGCUAUUGCAACAACACAAGUACAUACAACUUGAAAAACUGAGAUGGAGACCAUUGGUUCUGUGGAUGACCUCUUGGAUUUUUCGUUGGACAUAGGCGAGGAAGAUGAUGACGAAGACAAACACAGGAAAUCCUGUCCUUCACUUAACUCAAAAUGUGGCAACCCAUCAUUGUUUAACUCAUUGGUACCAGAUGAUCCGAACCAUUCAUAUUCUGAGUUUGUCGAAGAGGAGCUUGAAUGGCUAUCCAACAAAGAUGCAUUUCCUUCUGUUGAAACAUUUGUUGACCUAUCAUGUAUUCAACCUGAUACAGCCAAGAUCAAAAAAUCAACCCCAGUAACAAGCCCAGUACUUGAGGACAGCACAGGCAGUAGCAACAGUAAUAACAGCAGUAACAGUAUUUCUCUCCUAAACAGUUGUGAUCACCUUAAGGUCCCAGUUCGUGCACGAAGCAAGAGACGCAGUAGGUGUCGCCCUGGCAUUGCUGAUGAAAACUCUGGUCAGCAAGUCUGGUGGAGACAACCAAGUAAUGAAAUUUCCAAGGCAGAAGAAGGGAUGAAAAUCUCACCAAUUGGGAGGCAAUGUCAGCACUGUGGAGCUGAAAAAACUCCACAGUGGCGGGCAGGUCCCCUUGGGCCAAAAACACUUUGUAAUGCAUGUGGGGUUAGGUUUAAGUCUGGUCGGCUUGUGCCUGAAUACCGUCCUGCCAGUAGCCCAACUUUUCGUAGUGAUUUGCAUUCUAAUUCCCAUAGGAAGAUAGUAGAGAUGAGGAGGCAGAAGCAAAUGGGAAUGGGGUAAAUGCAAAGUGGUAGUGCCGUUAGCAUUCAGCAAGCUAGGACUUAGAGAUUUGAUUUUCUUUUCGAUUUUGAUUUAUUCUAAUUUAAUUUUUUGUUCACUUCUGCUAUGGUUGGUUUUAGACAGGGAAGUCAAAAUUCUUGAUUGAAAAUGAAGUUAGGAAUGUCUUAAAUUGCUUGUGUAUUUGUUAUGCAGAAAACAAGGAAGCCAAAUUGGGAUCAUUUGAUUUGGCUAUUUUUUAAGACUGUAACAUGUAGAGGUAAGUUGCUGGAAUGAUGAUUAUGGUCCCUUUUCCGAAGGAAAGCUAUUAUUCUUAUCUGAA